AUGGCGACGAAGUUUCAGAGAAUUCAAAUAACCGACGAAAACCAUUUCAAGUCGGUCGUGAAGGCGAGCGACGACCCGAGGCUGUUCAUUGUAGACGUAUACUCAGCGUGGUGCGGCCCCUGCAACGCUGUCGUACCCACCUUGAAGUCUUUGGCGCUUACCUUAGAGAAUUUCGUAGACAGAUGCUGCUGCGUCGCAGCAGACGCGGCGCUGGUGCCCGAGCUUGCCUCCUUAGGCGGCUCCUCCACCCCCAAAUUCCUCUUGUAUAAAGAUGGUGUUGUCGUAGAGCAGAUAACUGGGGCCAAUGCUCCCCUUCUCAAGCAAAAGAUAGAAGAGCUCGCACCGCCCCUCGAACCAGGAGGGCUGACUGCCUUCUCGUGA